AUGAACCGUCUAUUUGGCACCAAGCCCACGGGCCCCAAGCCCACGCUCAACAACGCCAUCCAGAAUGUCGACACCAAGAUCGAGUCGAUCGACGUCAAACUGGCCCAGAUCAACGCCGAGCUCUCCACGUACCAGCAGAAGCUGAGCAAGAUGCGCGACGGGCCAGGCAAGCAGGCCAUCAAACAGAAAGCACUGAAACUCCUACAGCGUCGCAAGAUGCACGAAUCGCAGCGAGACCAGCUGCAGCAGCAGUCGUGGAACAUGGAACAGGCGGGCAUGAUGCAAGACAACCUCAAGAACGUGAUGACGACGGUGGACGCGAUGAAGACGACCAACAAGGCCCUGAAACAGCAGUACGGCAAAAUCAACAUCGACAAGAUCGAAAAGAUGCAGGAUGAGAUGGCGGAUUUGAUGGAAAUCGGCAACGAGAUCAACGAGAGUAUCAGUCGCGCGUACGACGUGCCGGAAGAUGUGGAUGAAGCCGAGCUGGAUGCCGAGCUGGAGGCGUUGGGAGAAGACAUGCUGCUGGAGCAGGAGAUGGGCCUCGGAGAGAGCACACCAGGCUUUUUACAAGACGAGGUAGUGCCACCGCAGUUCGUGGAUGAGCCUCCCGAGCAGAACAAGCUCAAGGAGGCCGCUGGAGGUGUUGGCUAG